AUGUCACACAAAGUGAAGGCUAGCGAAUUCGUCACUUCGAUGCUACCACUGUAUCGUGCGCCUGAUAUUGUGAUCCAGAUCCAAGGCACACAAUACUUAGAACCCAAAGCCCUUCUUUGCCGCUUUUCUCGCUAUAUCGCAACUGCUUUUGGGGAACAAACGGAACCUUCGGACGCAGAAAACUCGGAACCUCCGAAGGUGGAAAAGCCCAAUUCUUCCAAAGGGGCAAGGUUCAAGUUCUUCAAGGGCGAGAAACACGGAUCUUCUAAGGAGGUGAACCGUGAAUCCCCCAAGGAGCAAAAUUCCGAAAAGGAAGCCCGUGAAUACUCGUCCCCGUUGGUGGAUGAGCCUCCCCCUUACUAUUCCACAACGGAGCCGGUAGUGCUGAAUAGUCUGACGACAUGGGGUUUCGAAAUGGUUCUGCAAUGGCUUUACACUGGCUGCUUUACCAUCCACGGUGGGGACCGGCACUGGGUAUCCUCGCUGAUUGAAGUAGCAAGGUGUUCUGACCUACUCCAGAUAGCCGAGCUUGAUGCGCUUAUCAUUGAGAAGGCGAAACCUUUAUUUUCUGGGAGUAUGGCAAGCCCUGCACCACUAGUAGGUCAACACAUUUAUGAAGCAGCGCGGUUGCCGAAGAGGCAUGCUAUGCGUUGUCUAAUUGCCAAUGCCCUCGUUAGCAAUAUUAUAAGGGAUACUCCCUUCGAGCUCUCAAAGGAGAUCCGCGAAACACCAGAGUUUGAAGAGGAGUUCCUGGAGCAGUUGAAGGUCACCCUGGCCACUGCGAACUGUAAGAGGGAACCCGGAAACUGCUAUGCUUACGAAAACAAUAUUGUCGACCCUAUAAGUGGGUAUCAGAUUUCCUUCAACCCGUUGGAAAUACUCCAGGAUGCUGAGAAGGGGUACUUUGUUGGAUAUGCGCGUCAUCAGAUGUCCAAGUGA